UACUGGCGCUAUUAAUAUUAUUUUCCGCGGACAUUGUUGUAACGGCGCGGUCUGCGUUUCUAUCGGCGUUUCUUGUUGUGAAAGCGUAUACGUGUGCGAACGUAUGCUAGUUCACGCGACCGUUCAAUUUCUUUGCGUUGAUAGCGAUAGUGCGUUGGACGUGUGUUAUAUACAGGCAAUUUAACAAGUGGUCAAGCAAGUGGUCCUAAGCAACAACUUGGGAAGAAUCUCAGCAUUGACGCGAAGUGACGGGAAUUAAGUUUUCCGAGAACCAUGUCGAGUGACGAUCAGCGUCCAUUCGUUGUCAUCAAAUUUAUUAACAAAACAGAAAAAGAAUCAAAUGGCGACACAGUUUAUGAGGUGGGCCUCGCCAAAUGGAUUGUUGACUUAAACGAGGACAUGAUGGGUACGACAAAAUGGCCUCCUUCUUCCGUAGAUGCUGGAAAACUUAUAAGGAAGGAAACUUCCCCAGAUCCAAAUUGGCCAGUGUGCUAUGUUGAGGUGAUAAGGUACUUCGAUACUAUAAAAAGACCUAGAGAGAUGUUGAAGAGAUUGGUGGAUGAAGGACUAACUUCCUACGAGACUGAAAGAGAAUUGGGCCGGGGUAAAAGGAAGAAACGACCACCUAUUAUAUAUACCGAUGAUGAUGAGGAUUCAGAUGUUCCAAAAUACAAUAAAAAGAAACAGUCUCUGUCUGAUGACAGCGACUCAGAUUUGGUUCAACAUAAGAAAAUUAGAAAGUUUGGCAAGUCAAAGAAGAUAGAUCAAGAUAUACCGGCACCACCAUCGUUGUCCUUUCAACACAAAACCCCUAGUAACAUAAGCCCAGAUCAGAAUGACAGGAACAGAAAAAUUAUUGUGACUUUUGCACAUAAAAACACGGGAACUGCUUCAUCUUUAAUAGAGAAAAUUAAAAGUCGAAAAACUGAGCGGCAAGUUUUUCAGAACCUAAAAGAAGAGAAUCUCGAAAAUGCUCUUAAGAAGCAGAAGAGCACAUUAACUGUUCCUCAGCUGAAUGUAUGUGCCAAAAGCCCUUUGCAACAAAUGAAUGUCACACUGUCCGAAAACAAUGUUAAUAGUAUGGGAGAUGAGAAGGAAAAUAUGAUUAAUGAAUCUGAAGUUGAGUCCAGCCUUGGAAUCCCUUUUGAACGGCAAAGCCCAAGUUCAAGAGACACAGAAAUGGUUCGGCCGAGUUGUUAUACACCUUUGAGGUCUCCAUUGUUGCACAGGAUGAGUCCUAGAAAUUCUGAAAUCUUUCGUCAUCAGCAAUAUAAUUGUCACCGGAAAAUGUCACAAGAUGAUAAUGAUGCUGAGAGUCUUUCCUUUGAUAUCAAUAAGAGCAUUAGAGAAAUAAAAUCUCUAUGCAAAACUACACUUGUGCGAGUGGAAGAAUUGAGCAGUAAAGUUGAUGUCACAAUUAUGAAUCAGACGCGACUCAACCGGUCUCUUCUUCCAGCUGAGAAAAGAAUUAUUCGUCCAUCAGAUCUACCGGCUCUUCCUGUUUAUACAGAGGAUGAUCUGAAAGCUAUGGAGAGAUUUUUGGAAGACGAAUCUAAUUUGUCAGCAAUGCGAACUGUAAAUGUAAUUGUUUGA